GUGUGUGCAUAGGUGCAUUGGUGUGCGUGUGUCUGCUGUAGAUAAAUCGGGAAAGAAAAGAAAAUUCACGGAGCAGCGUCAUUUCUGCAGAACAAUAGGUAAACAAUAAACAGUAAACAAACGGCCUCAAGAUUGGCAAGAUACGCAGGAACAAGAAGAUGAGCUACAACGACAAAUCGGAGGCCAUCAGCAAGGAGGAGUGGCUGGCGCGAUUGGAGCAGUUUCCUUUCAAGCAGGCAGACAUGAAUCGCCUAAUAAUGAACUACUUGGUGACGGAGGGCUUUAAGGAGGCCGCCGAAAAGUUCCAGCAUGAAGCAGAUUUGGAACCCAGCGUGGAACUGAGUAGUCUGGACGACCGUAUUCUCAUCCGUGAGGCGGUCCAGGCGGGACGCAUCGAGGAGGCCACCCAACUGGUGAACCAACUGCACCCGGAGCUGCUGGGCAGCGACCGGUACCUGUUCUUCCACCUGCAGCAGCUGCAGCUAAUCGAGCUCAUCCGCGCCGGCAAGGUGGAGGAGGCACUGGCCUUCGCCCAGAGCAAGCUGUCGGAGAGCGGGGAGGAGGCCAUGUUCGAGCUGGAGCGAACACUGGCCCUGCUCGCCUUCGAGAAGCCACAGGAGAGCCCCUUUGCCGACCUGUUGGAGCAGUCGUAUCGACAGAAGAUCGCUAGUGAGCUGAACUCGGCCAUACUGCGGUGCGAGCACAGCGAGGAUUCGACUCCCAAGAUGAUGUUCCUGCUCAAGGUGAUACUCUGGGCGCAGUCCACACUCGACAGCCGUUCGAUCAACUAUCCCAAGAUGAAGAACCUGGAGACGGCGCAUCUCGAUUCAAAGUAACCUGGAAAUUGCUGUCUGGGCAGGAGCAGGAGCAGGAGCAUCCCUUAAAAAUCUUUUGCUUUUGCUAUUGAAUCAUUUUUUAAUAAGAAUAAUGUAUGAAUGCUGGAUAGGAUGUACGCAGUGAUUAUUAAAUAAGUAGCCGGAAA